AUGGAAAGCGAGGUCCACUCAGAAUCACGAAAACACCCCUAUUGGAUUGUGAACCGAGACGGCGGCUAUAGCCUAUGGAUCGAUGCUAUGCAGCAGAACGCCACGGCGCAAGUGGCCAUCAUGGGACAGAUAUACGACUCUUCUGCAAAGCGUACCUUGAGUCCUGCUGACCAGGAAGAGGCUCAAGCUGUCGUCAGUUCUCAGCUUCGCCAAAAAUCCUCGCCUUCCAUUCGUGAUAAGCUGACAUGUCGAGUGAAUCGUGCAGGAGAUGAUUGCGCUGGUACGAGAUACAUAAACACUCCUUGCCAUGGAGAACAGAACAGAUUUCAUGUUCGUUCUGGAGGGUUGGAUUGUCCCGUCAUGGAGAGAUUUCGAAUAUUUUGGAGACUUUCCGCUCAAAAGACACCACUGAUCCCCGAGAUCGAAUUGGAUGCCGGCUUCCCCGAGAUUGGCGUCGGUCAGCUUGAAUCUGUGCGCGUCCAAUGUCUGGAUGGCUGGGUCAGUCACGCAGCCUGUCCUGUUCAGCCGUGUCCGCACAAUGCAAGACGUGGUAGCACAAUGAUGCCGCCGCAUGACGGUAUGCUCUCGCGAGUGCAGUGCUUGUUCCGCUCGUUCUACCGUCACGUUAGCUACGCUUGCAUGUGCGCGCAAUCUGCUUUUGUGCAAAACUCGUGGUCUGGCAUUCCAGCCUCUUGGAGGCUUCCAUGUCUAUGUGUGCUGCGCCCCGUGGCGUCUUCAUACACGCCUUUCCCUCCGUCUACAGCACCAAGACGAACUGAGCAUGUCACCGUCCAGGAUACGCGGCCGCGACGAGUCGAGAGAGGCAGCGGUGCCUUCCCGAUCGAUGUAAGUUUCAUGGGCGGAGCUCAGCCGGAACGCGGUUGCCACGCAAUGAGAGAAGCCAAUCGCACCCUGCCAAAAUCUAUAGACUAUUUCGUAUCAGUCAUACAAAUGCGCCUUCCUGCACAAAACGCCGCCCGAGUGCCAUGA